AUGGCCGUCAAUCUGCCAGCGCCUCUGUCUUCAUCGCCGCCAUCUUCAGCGCCUUCAGCACCCUCAGCACCAGGUCCGGCAGCUCCUUCGCCGCUGCAACGCCGCCGUCUGCCACCGCCGCACCCAUGGCCAGCUCCGUCGUCUUCGCUUCAACUCCCUGCUUCUUCCACUCUGGCUUUCUAUUCUGACAUUGCUUCUGCUUCUACUUCUACUUUCAGUCCUGCUGCUACUUCUGCUACCGUCUCUGUCUCGGCUUCAACGGCUCCAGCCUCAGCCCCCUUGCCCUUCUGGCCUGCCUACGACAACUCCAUCAGCCUGCCGUCGACGUGGAAUGAGUCUGCUCACGCCCUCACCUUCGACCGCCUCGACCGCUUUGGCGUUUCCACAGCCAUCAACCAGGCUGUCAUAAUCGCCGCUGGCACGCCCCUCCCUCCAUUAUCGCCCAGCCUUCCAUUAUCACCUGAUCUCGAGUUACCAUUGCCGUUUGCUCCCCAGCCCAGGACCGACGAGGCUUUCCUGCUGCAGGAUUUUGACAUACACUCCGACAUCGACGCUGAGUUUGGCGACCGCCUACGCGCCGACAACCUGCGUGCUCGGGCUCGGGCUCUAGCCUCGACUCUGGCGACUUUUUCGGCGACGUCGGCUUCAGCUCCCGCUCCCACUGCUCAGCGGCCUGCAGCGCCCCGCCAGCGCCACCACCGCGCUAUCCAGAAUCAGGCGUCGCCACCAGCCCUCCUGGACGGCUUCGCUCUCCCUCGAACCGUCACCGGCGCCUCCAACGGCAUCUUCGACGAGCCUGAGGACAUCCCGAACUUUCCUUUUCCAUUCCCCUUCGCCGACGCGGCGCUUCCGCCUCUCUCCUCCUCAUCCGCCAGCAUGCCCGCAGCAUCCACGGCGCGGCGACGAUCGCGGAGACAGACCAUCACGUCCGAAACCUUCGACGACCCGACUUCCACUUCCGCGUCCACUUCGCCCUCAAUAGGCGCCGCGCAUGGGAACAAGCGCCAGAGGAUCGUGCCUCUUGGUGCCGACGCGAACCAGCACAUCAUAGACGACGAUGGCGACUCCCUGUUUGGCGACUCCAAGUCUCUGCCGGUCGAAGACUACACCACGAUUGAUCUCACCGAGGCCACUGAUGUCCCCGAAGAGCUUAAAAAGCCCAAAGUGGAUAAUAGAACUAAGCUAUCUGGCUUUCAAUGCGUCAUAUGCAUGGACGAUGUGACGGGAUUGACGCUCACUCAUUGUGGUCACCUAUUCUGCGCGCAGUGCCUCCACUCCUCGCUCAACAUCGAUUCAACCAGAGGCAAAUGCCCCAUGUGCCGAUCCAAAAUCGACAUGAAGCCUCGCGAAACUUACACCACCAAGACGAAAGGCUACUGGCCCCUCGAGCUAAAACUUAUGACGAGAUCGCGCCAAGGCAAGCGAAAAGCUCAGGCCAUGGCAUAA